AGGUCUCCUCGUCCUGCUCCUGCCCUUGUCCAUCCACGCCCUGCCUGGCUGCCUUCCCUCUCAGGGUCGCCGCCGCGUGAACGGCGCCAACGUCCGGCCUGCCCGGAGCCGCCGCUGCAUCCGACCAACUCGACCGGCGGAAACAUGAUCGUCUGCGUCGCCGUCGUCGGCCACCAGAACAACCCGCUGUAUCUGCAGAGCUUCACGGAGGCGGACGACGCCCUCAAGCUCCACCACGUCGUCCACUGCUCCCUCGACGUCAUCGAUGAGCGAGUCAACAAUCCUAAAAGGAACGCACCUACACUGAAUGAGACAUUUUUGGGUCUUCUAUAUCCGACUGAGAACUACAAAGUGUAUGGCUAUUUGACAAACACAAAGGUCAAAUUUCUAAUGGUCACAACUGAUCUCGAUGUCAAAGAUGCAGAUGCCCGAAAUUUUUUCAGGAAGUUCCAUGCCGCAUACGUAGAUGCUGUUUCAAACCCCUUCCACGUUCCAGGAAAGAAGAUCGCCUCAAGAAGCUUUGGCGCAAGAGUAAGCACCAUAGUGAAAUCCUUCGGUUCGGGGACAACCGUUUAAACACCACUUCUUCCGAGCUCCCUGGAAUCAAUCAUCGUGCACUUUUCCCCUUAACUUGCGAUCUAAACCUCCACUGUGUACCGCGUAUAUGUUGAACAAGACUCUAGUUUGAUACUCGAGGAAGGAUAUAUCAUAUAUGGCUGUUAUUGAUCAAAGAUUGUGCAUUUCUCUUCUU